GGGCAUUGAGAGCGGGUCUGCACCCGAAUCCGGUAAGGGGAGGGUGAGGAUCAGGGUUGUGUCGGCGAGGAAGCUUGCUGCUGGGAUCUGGAACGCCGAUGGCGGAUUAGGGUUUGAGCCUAGUGUCGUUGAUCUCCAUCGCUCUGGCGCCCAUGAGAAUUCACAGAAUGUUCGUCGGCCUCCAAUGUUGAUGAAUGACCGAAAGAUUGAUAUUUUGCACAAGUUUGGUGCAUUUGUUGCAUUUCCAGACCCCUCAAUGGAGGGGGCAAGCAAAUGGAACCCUGGAUGCUAUACUCAUUUGAAGCUUCUCGAUGACCAACAGUCUGAGCUUGAGCUUGCUCACAGAAGGAUUACCGAACUGGAGACAGAGCGACACUUAGCCAAGAAAAAACUUGACCUUUUAGUGAGAAAGCUCGCAGAGGAGAAGGAAUCGUGGCAGAGAAAAGAGCAUGAGAAGAUCCGAGGUGUGAUUGAUUCCAUCAAGGAUGACAUCCACAGAGAAAGGAAAAAUCGGCAGAGGAUGGAGAUAACAAAAUCCAAACUAGUGAAUGAACUUGCAGAGGCUAAAUCAUUGGGAAAGAGGUUCUUGCAAGACUAUGAAAAGGAGAAGAAGACUCGGGAGCUUAUGGAGGAGGUUUGUGAUGAGCUGGCGAAGGAGAUUGGGGAGGAUAAAGCCAAGGUAGAAGAAAUUAAAGCAGACUCGUCGAGGGUUAGAGAUGAGUUAGAAGAAGAGAGAAAGAUGUUGCAAAUGGCUGAGGUUUGGCGUGAAGAGAGAGUUCAGAUGAAGUUAGUCAAUGCAAAAGUGACGCUCGAAGAGAAGUAUUUGCAGCUUAGCAAGCUUCAGGCUAAGAUUGAGGCCUUUCUAAAAGCCCGAAGCAGUGAGGAGGAGAAUAAAGAGGUAGAGGUACUGAGGGAGGCGGCCAAUUGUGCUAAGGCACAAGAAGUUAAGGAGUUCUCUUAUCGGCCUUCUCCUCGUUCAGAGGAAAUCUUCUCUGUUUUUGAAGAACUCAAGACGAGAGACAAGCCCAAUGAGAAAGAAAUUGAAGCAUGUGAUGCUAAGGGGACUGCUGCUGCUGAUGAUGAUGAUUGUGGAUUGGGAACUGUGAGUCAUGGUGAAGAGCAAGGCUCGAGCAAUUCUAUAGAAGGAAGUGAACCAUCGGUUAAUGAAAUUUGCGAAGAGAGUAGUGCAUCAGUUAGUGGCAGGGAUUGGGAUGAGAAUGAAGAUAAUGGAAAGGUCAGUAGUGAGAUCAGCGAGGUUUGUUCUGUGGGCACAAAGCAAUCUAGGUUUUGGAGGCCUUCAUAUCAAAGCAAUGGCGAAAAUGGUCAUAGGAACUCGACAGAAAAUGGAAGGUUAUCAUAUGAAAGGAUUUCUAAUGUCAUCUUAGUUUCUGAUGGAAUGUCAGGGGAAAUGGGUCUAAUCUCGCAAACUGUGGGAUGUUGUAGCUCACCAGAGUCUGUGAAUCAGUGUAUAAAUCGAGGAAUUGAGCAGUGCAUUGAGUGGCCUCGAGGAAUCGAGAAGCACAGUUUGAAAGCAAAGCUUUUAGAGGCGAGGAUCGAGAGCCAGAAGAUUCAGCUACGCCCAGCUCUGCAACAAAAGAUAUAGCACUGCUUCAUUGUUGAUUUAUUUGAUAUCUUGUAGCAAUUGUGAAAUGCUCGAUUAGCUAUAGCCUAUGCAUUUCCCAAUAUGUGAGUACGAUCUUGUUAAAAAAGUUAUGUCAUUCAUGUGCAUACCUGGUAAAUGUGCUUCACAAUCUGCGAGCUCUCUCGCAGCCUUGUUGCGUUACUUCUAUUUUUCCCAAA